AUGGUUGUUGUCCCCGGUGUUCUGGGACAUGUCACCGUGAAAGCAGGACGAGCCAGAGGGCCCGCCAAAGCCAAGCCUUCGCCUGCAGAGGUGGACGAUGAAGAACACGAAGAGACGAAGCCCAAACCGGUGCCAGCUCGCUACAAAAGAGGACCGCCCCUCCCUAAACCUCAGUCACAGCAGAAGAAGGAGGUGCUGCCUGCUGUCAGAAGAUCAGAGAGGCUUCAGGCUGGACCCGUACACUCUUACAACGAGGAAGACAGUGAGGAGGAGGAUGAAGAGGAUGAGGUCAGACCCAGACCUAUUCCUGCACGCUAUCUGAGAGGACCUCCGAAAAGCCCCGAAGGUCAACCCAAACAGAAAACUAAAUGCGAGUGGACCGGCAGGAAAACAGACGACCUGACUGUGACCUCUGGCAGACGGGAAUGGCUCUACAUGCAAAGGAGAAAACCUGAAUGGGCAAACUGUGACAUAAAGAGCCCAGCACACAUGGAUUACACAGAGAGAUGGGAUGAGAGGCUGCUUCACGAGCAGCAGAGCUACAGCCAGCAGCGCUACAAGCACAGAGACAGCACAGGACAGGACACUGGUCCCUCACAGACACGAGGACUGAUGUCCUGCUUUGUCGUUUUGGGCGCCUUCCUUCUAGUGGUUGCCAUUUUAGUACAUUUAAACUGACUUGUGAGCAGGUGAGGGAUCCGCCACGUUGAACAGUGCUGCCUUCCCAAAGUGGAGAUGGAGCUGCCAGGGACACAAAGCAUCUUCUCAGGACUUCUGGGCUGCCAUUUUCACAGUAAUAGGCUGGAAUAGAAGGAGAAGCCUCAGUGUAUUCUGCCUAUUAAAUGUUCUGUAAAGUUAAA